CGACGCCUUCAUCACUAUUCUCGUGCCCCGCCACCGGAGUUUCGCUUCGUUCGACAGUUGUGCGCCAUACGGACUAAGCUACGCUCGUCACCAUCGGAUUAAAAUGAGUGAAAUAUCCACCGUGUAAUAUUAUUCACUGUGUUUGUGUUUAUCUUGAGGCCUCAAAGGAACAAUUAAUUUGCCCCAGAAGAAGUACCAAGAGGAUGAUGGCUCCCGAAACUGUAGUGACCGUAGAUCACAACAAGCCAACGGCGCCGCCGCCGCAGCAGCAACAAGGUGGCGCUUUAGAGUGGAUCAAAAUCAACAUAGACUACUUUAAAACGCCGCCUGGUAUUUUGAAAGUCAUUGAAUUGAUCCUGGGCAUCCUGUGUAUGGCGUUGGGUUCGCCAUGGUACUCCACCUGGUUCGUGUUCGUGGCCGUCACCUGCUUCAUCACCACGCUAAUGUGGAGCUUCGUCUACUUCCUCAGCAUCAGAGAGGCUCUCAAACUCCCCAUCAACUGGGUCUUAUCUGAGUUGAUUAGUGUGGGCAUCCAAACCGUGAUGUAUUUCAUCGCGUUCAUAGUCCUAUUUGCGGCGACGGGCAAGUACAACGGGGCGUUUUAUGGAAGCAACGUUGCAGCUGCUGUGUUUGGUCUGUUCAACACAGUGGCGUACGGAGCCAGCUCCUUCCUGUUAUUUAAAGAACAUAAAAACAGUGUGAGUGCUGCAGCGUGAGCCGAGCUGUGUCCGCGGGCUGCCAGCGCAGCAGCCGGCGCUGCAGCCGGGGCAGCACCGGGCUAGUAGCCACCGACCACAUGAACAACCGUCUUAUAUUUAAAUUUAUUAUAUUGGCUAAGAACCACACUAACAACGAUGACUCAAAAUUAAUCAUCGUUGUCGAUGCAAUUCAUUAUUGUAAUUUUAAUUAAUAAUAAAAUCGGCACUCAUUGAUUAUUUUUUACUUAUUAUUACGUGUUAUAAAAUUGACUUAAAAUGAAGGCCAUAGAAUUUACAAAUAAGAAUACGUGAAUAAAUAGGUACCUAUUAAUAUCUUAUUUUUAUUGUCCAUGUUGUAUAAACAAAAAAUGCACAAAAAUGUUUUCAUUAUUUUUAAGCUUUAAGAAUGGGUAGUUCUAGAACAGAAAGGAGAUCAUUUUUCUUAAAAAUUGAGUAGAGUGAUCACAUGAGAUCUUUAUCAGUACGAACGAGUUAGUUAGGUACCUAUACAUAUAUUUAUUGUUAAAAGCACAGGCACAUUUCUUUAAAAGUUGAAUUGCUUGCUGUAGUAUUAUAAAUAAAUCUUCGGGAAUCUUACCUUAUAUGAAUACAAUAUAUUUAUAUAAAUUAUCAUAUCUAAACUAGUUAUAUGAUGAUUGGUUCUAAAAACGGUACCUAAUACUUAAGUUUAUUUAGGUAAAAACGAUUUCUUGACGUGUAUUAACAGAGAUUAGAAUGAGAAAGAACAUGCAAGUGGAGUUCAUUAUUAUUUGGUUGUGAAAAGCCUUACGACUGUCGCUCGAGCUCUUUUACGACUUUUGUCUAUUUGAAUUAUUUGAAUCUAGAGUUAUACAAAAUCUCUGAAAUAAUACGUGUCCGACUAUACACAAAUCAGGCAUUUUUUUAUUUCCGGUAAGCUGUGGUAACGAAUGAGGAAUGUUAAGUCACUUAUAACUAUUCUUGUUAAGAACUGAAAUGUUUAAGUUAUGUUAAAUAUGUUUUUGUGUAUUUUGUUAUGAGAAAAAUUAAAAUUGAAUUGACGAAUUUAUUGUAAUUUAAUUCCAGCUUGGUAGACUUAGCAGCGUAUUCAUAUUAAACGAAUCCUUUUCUCGUAACAAAAUAAUCACAAAUAGUUUGAAGAAUGUUUUCAUUGUAUAGUUAAUUAUUUAACUCAUUUUGUAUAAAGAUAAAUAAAUAUAUUUUAACAUUCACAAUU